AUGGAGUCCUACCCAUCCUUUACGGAAAUCCCUGUCAUGCCCGUGUCGGGCAUGACUGCUCCCACUUGUGGUGCCUACCCUAUUCAACCUACCAGCCAUACGUGCGUGACGCAGAUGUCUCAGCCCCAGUUCCAACCUCUCUUGGAUCAGUCCAAGCCUCUUGAGGCCUCUCCGACACCGCAUAACUUGUGGAGCCGCGAAAAGCUGGGUUUGAACAGGGGUUAUCUACCCGCGGAUUACACUGUCUAUUCAGAGCCCAUCUCACUCUGGGACAGUGGCAUUUCUAUCAUUUCCGACCCUCAGAGCCCCCACAGCAGUAACAGCAGCAGUGUUUCCGGUAUGAACUACAUCGCCUCUCCUCUAUGCCAGCAUGAGGAGUCUCCCAUCACCACUGUCACAGAGCAGAGCGGGUUCCCGGCUCCUGGGGGUCUGGUUGAUAUCGAUCCCUCGACCAUGAUACCCAGGUUGCCUAUGUUCGACACUCAACCCAACCACUUGUCUCUCUACGAUCACGAGCUUGACCGCUGUAGCGGCAGCCAGUCGGACCAUAACGGGACUCCUGAACAGCAAUGGUCCACUCCUCUCCCUAAUUCCACGGCCAGCCCGAAAGUCGCACGCCGGUUCAAGAACCUAUCCACAUUCACCUCCAUUUCAAAGACACGCAAGUCAAGUGAGCGGAAGUCGAUGUCUACACAAAGCCGCAUCCUCCGGGGAAGAAGUACGAAAAGUGGAAACAACAGUUGUCACGGAACACAACGGACGUUCGUCUGCAGCUUCGCUCCUUACGGAUGCGAAAGUACGUUCGUCUCUAAAAACGAGUGGAAGAGGCAUGUCACCUCGAAACAUCUACAACUUGGCUUCUACCGCUGCGACGUGGGCAAAUGCAGCGUGGACACACACCAGAUCAGCCCAAACAACUUCGUGACACCCUCUCCAUCUCCGAAAUCAACCAGUUCCACCUCAGCCCCAGUUCAACCCAACGACUUCAACCGCAAAGACCUUUUCACUCAACACCUACGCCGAAUGCACGCUCCCUGGCUCCAAUCUGGUCGGCGACGAGCUCCUACAGAAGUCGAGCACGCAGCCUUCGAAGAAAGCCUCAAUCAAGUUCGCCCACGCUGCUGGUACAGUCUACGCCAACCACCGCACCAAAGCCACUGCGGAUUCUGCCAAGAGUUAUUUGUCGGUGAAGGAAGCUGGGACGCGCGGAUGGAGCAUGUCGGGCGACAUUUCGAGCGCAAAACCCAUCUGGGCGAGGAGCUUGAAGACCUAUUGUUACGUGACUGGGCACUUCGUGAGGGAAUUUUGACUCUUACGGCUGGCAAAUGCCGACUGACGCUCGCAACUACUUCUAGAACACCCUAA